AUGAUUACUGAUUCAGAAGCACCCACCUACAAUUUUGAUAGUGAUGAUGAAGUUCCAUGUGAAUAUUUGAAUGAUAUAUAUGCAAUAAGUGAAGAUACAUUUUGUUUUAAAAUAAUAAAGCAAUUAGGAAAUGGAUACUAUAGUCCAGGAAAUGGGCAUAAAAUAAAAAUAAUAUAUUAUGAAUUAGGUUAUGAGGAUAAAAUAAGAAAUGUUCAAACAUAUUUAGGAAAAAAUGACAAAUUACCAUAUAUAUGUGAAGUAGCAGCGAAGUGUAUGAGAAAAAAUGAAGUAUGUAUUAUUCAAGCUCCUAAAGCUUUUAUGAAGGUUUUUAAAAAUUCUGAAAAAAAAAAUAAAUAUGACAAAAAAGAUAAUUUUAAAGUUGCCUUUAAGAAAUCUUUAAGAUUUAAACAAAAAUGUUUAGAAAAAUAUUUAAAUUAUCCCAAUGUUACAUAUUUUAAAGGAAUUAAAUUAAAUUCAAAUAACAUAGAAUUAUUAUUAAGAAAAAAACAGAACAAAAAUAACAAUAGAGAAAAAGAUAAAAAUGAAGAACAAACAAAAAAUAAUAUUCAAAUAAAUACAACAAUAAUUCUAGAUAAAUAUAAUGAAAGUUGUAGGGAACAUAUUCAAAAUGAAAAUAUAGAAUUUCUCAAACUAGAAGAAGUGAAUAAUUUAAGAUAUAAAUUUUUAAAGGAAGAAGAUUUAUGUACAUAUGUUGUUUAUUUAAAAGAAUUUUACAGAGUUGAUAUUUUAAAUGAUGAUAAAACUAUCAUAAAGGAAGUUGUCAAAGAAGGAGAGGGAAUUUUUACACCAAAAAAAAAUGAUUAUAUCGACUAUAUUAUAAGAGAAAAAAAAAAGAAAGAAUAUAUUCAUAUGAUUUUUGAUAUAAGCAAUUUAAAAUAUAGAGGGUUAUUUAAAAUAAUGCAAAAUAUGAAAAAAAAAGAGAUAGCUAAAGUCACUCUUAAAGGUUUAGAAUGUUUUCACAUAAAUUAUUCUACCUCAAUUACUAAAAAAUCCUAUAAUGAUAAUAUUAACAAUAAUAUGAAUAAUAGUACAGAAAAUAUAGUGAAUUUCGUAAGUUAUAAAGAUUGUAAUGAUAAUAAAACAAUCAAAAAUAACAUAAACGAGAAAUAUAAUUGCAAAGAUGGAUUUAAUGACACAAUAAAGAAUGAAGAUGAAAUUAUUAUCAGUAAUGAACUAUUUAAUGAGAAGAAAGAAAUAAUUAUAGAACUUAUUGAUUUUAAAAGAUCGAAAACAAUUAAUAUUAAUUCUCUAAUUAACAUGAACAAUACAGAGAAAUUACUUUUUUAUAUAAGCGAAGAUGACAAACUUAAAAAUAUAAAUAAACCAAUUAUUGAUACUGAUUGUGAAUUAAUAAUUAAUUUAAGUAUUCAAAAUAUUGAUAAAACAAAAAAUAAAAAAAUUGAUUUACCAAUUAAUUUUUAUGAUAAUAACAAUAACAUUAGGAAAAGUGAUGGUUAUUUUCUUUUUUCAUAUGGAUCUUGUUUUACUUCUCCUCUUUGGUUUUAUAAAUGUUUCAAAGGUUUAAAAGAGGGAGAUGAAAUAAUUAUUCCUUUAUCAAAAAAUAGGAAUAUUUUUUCAGAAAAUCAAUUUGUUUAUGACAUAUUGUAUGAAGAUAUAGGUACAAGAAAGACUCAUAAUUUUCCAAAACAAUACGAACUAAAAAAAUCUCAAGUUAAUAAAAACAAAAAAUAUAAUAAAUUAAAAAAUAAAAAACAAGAAUUUAUAAAAGAAAAAAAAAAAAUCAUAAAUGAUAUAAAAAGGAGAAAAAAAUUUUAUAAGAACUUGGAAAAGAAAAAUGAAAAAUUAAAUGAUAUAGAAAAUUUUGUACAAAACUUAAUUUCUGACAGAAAUGAAGGAAAAGGUUUUUUUCUCAUAAACAAUUUUAAAAAAAAUGAAGAAAAAGACUUUUGUGAAGGUCUUUUUUCAUUACAAAAUUAUUUCAUUGAAAAAAAUAAAGAACAAGAAAAUAUAAGAAAAAUUCUCUCUGUUUGUAAAUCAUUUAUAAAGGUAGGGCGGAAAAAAAAAUUCAAAAUAAUUAUUGAAAUGCAAAAAAAAAAAAGAAUAAUCACUAAAAUCAAUAAAUUUAUAAAACAUGAUAAGGAAAAUUAUUCAUAUUACAAGUGUGCAACAAAAAAAAAAAUAAAGAAUAAGGGAAAAAAUUAUAAUAUUUCUUUUUUUAGAAAUGCAUUAAAUAAAGUGUAUUUUGAUAAAUUUUUUUAUCAAAAAGACACUAUUUUAAAAAUUAAAAUUUUAAAAAUUAUUUGUAAGAAAAAAGAUCCUUGGAAUAUGAGUAUAUCAGAGAUAAUAGAAAAUUUAAAAAUAUAUAAUGAAAAAGGAAAUAUUUUUAUGAAAAAAAAACUAAUAUAUGCAGCAUUAGUUCAUUAUAAAAAGGGUUUUGACUUGUGUCGUUUUUCUACACUUUAUAAAUUAAUUUUUGAAGAAAAUAAAUUAAGUAUUGUUAAUUUAGAAGAUGAACAAAAUCAAGUUUUAAUUAUUCUUAUGGAAAAAAUAUUAACUAAUUUGUCAAUUUGUUACUAUAAAAUGAAUAAUUACAACGAAUGUAUUAAAUAUUCAGAUAAAGCUAUAAUCAUAAACCCACAAAAUAUAAAAUCUAUAUAUUGGAAAAAUAUGGCCCAUCUAAUGCAAAAUAAAUAUGUAGAUGUUAUAAAAAAUCUAAAUAAUUCCUUUUGUUUAAAUGAUUCAACAUUAUUAAAGUUGUAUAACAAUGCUAGAUUAAUAAAAAAAAAACAUGAUGACAAUUUUAAGUCACUAUUUUAUGCCAUAUAUGAUAAAAAAUAA